AUGAUUGAACCAACGCGCGACACUAUGGUGCGCUCACCGAUGCGUCAAAACCGAUCCGUACUCGUUACCUUUCUCGCAGCGCUCGUUGCUUUAGCGGGGACUGUGGUUGAUGCGCAGGUAGGCGUAGAUAUCUGCGCGUGCCAGCCUAGCACCUAUGAGUUUACGUUAGACUUUGCAUCGACGCUUCCCGCCAACUGCGAUCUGGGCGAGAUUAUUGGUCCGGGUCUCAAUGAAACAACCUGCCGGAUUACGAGAUUGAAUGAUCCUAAUGAUGCAGGAGACCCAGACCUUAUGCCAGUUUCUGUAACUGAUAUUCAGGUUCUCGAGCUGGACCAGAAUUUACUGCCCCUAGUCCAGACACCAAUCGUUGGUGACUUUCGUAGUGGCGAUACCUUUCGAUACACUUCUAUAAUCGCCAAUGGCCUGGGUCCUGAUCCCAUGGCUGUUCCUCGUGGUUUUUUGAUGACCAUAAACGGCCGGAAUAGCCUUGACGAGGACUUGCAGCAACGCUGGGUCAUUUUGUACGACAACGACUGUGGUAUUUUCCCAAUUUUGUUUGAGGGUACGCAAUUGGGAUGGACGGUAUUUAGCGACCUUGGAGCCCCGCCUAUUGAAGUCUGUCCUUUGGCACCAGCACCAGUCACCGAUGCACCCUCGGUCGCUCCCAUUAUGGCGCCCCCACUUACCCCAACACCAACAGUGAUAGCUGCGGAAGUUUCGGAAUCCCCAUCUUUGUCACCUCUUACUCCAGGUACCGAAGCGCCCGUUUCUGCCCCACUAACAAAUGCCCCGGUGACUCGUGCCCCAGUCAAUCCACCCGCUACUGGUGCACCGGCAACCUCUUCUCCCGUGACACGAGCUCCUGUAUCACCAAACCCCAAGUCAUCCUUACCUAGCAAGGGGGGCAGCAAGGGAUCAUACGGCAUGCCGGAAAGUAGCAAGGGAUCAUACGGUAUGCCGGAAAGUAGCAAGGGGUCAUACGGCAUGCCGGAAAGCAGCAAGGGAGCAACGGCUGGCUCAGCGUCCUCCACGAGUCAGAAAUCUCAGAGUGAUGAACAGAGAAACAAGAAGCGUGGGGGAAUCAGACGCUUCUAA